AUAUUUCAAGGGAACACUGAGCUGUACCAGGAAGUUCGCAAUAAUUUCAUUCCACCUGUUAUUGCACGCUUUUUUAGGAUUAACCCCUUAAAAUGGCACCAGAAAAUUGCAAUGAAGGUGGAAUUGCUGGGCUGUCAGUACAGUAUAGGCCGCGCUCCUAGGUUCACCGUGCCGCCGCCGCCCAGGAACGACGACUCCAUCCAUUCGGUGAAGACGCUGUUGCAGACUGAUAAAACAACGUUCACACCCGAAAUAAAAAACACCACAGUGACCCCAAGCGUAACCAAAGAUGUGGCGUUAGCAGCCGUUCUGGUUCCAGUGCUGGUGAUGGUCUUCACAACUCUGAUUCUUAUCUUAGUUUGUGCGUGGCAUUGGAGAAACCGCAAGAAGAAAACUGAGGGCACCUAUGAUCUACCUUACUGGGAUCGUGCAGGCUGGUGGAAAGGAAUGAAGCAGUUAUUCCCGACCAAAUCAGCAGAACACGAAGAAACUCCCGUACGCUACAGCAGCAGUGAAAUUAGUCACCUGAGACCAAGAGAAGUCCCAACAACACUGCAAGCAGAGUCUGCAGAGUAUGCGCAGCCACUGGUCGGGGGAAUUGUCAGCACGCUGCACCAGAGGUCAACCUUUAAACCGGAGGAAGGGAAGGAGGCAAGUUACGCCGAUUUGGACCCUUACAACUCACCUGUACAAGAAGUUUACCAUGCUUACGCUGAACCACUGCCUAUAACUGGACCAGAAUACGCAACUCCAAUCAUCAUGGACAUGUCCAGCCAUGCAGGCACACCUCUGGGGGUUCCUUCCAUUUCCACCUUCAAAGCUGCAGGGAAUCAAGCUCCGCUGCCGCCGGUCGGAACUCACAAUAAACUCUUACCCAGGACAGACAGCACAUCGUCAGCCCGGGCGCUGUACGACACCCCGAAGGGGCAGCUGGGGCCAGGUGCCGCCGCCGAACUGGUGUACCAGGUCCCGCAGAGCACAGCCCAUUCCGCUGGGAGUACGGAUGAACGAAGUUAG